GAUAGGUUUCUUGGAAAUUUUUCAAAGUACGGAUCACCUGAAAAUGCCAAGCUUUGCAUUUUUAUUUUGGCAACUCGCGGCUUUCUUGGUGACAAGUGCACACCAAUCGCAAAAGAUACAUGAACGAAUGACCAGCGAUGAAAGACAGCAGGUCUUCGGAACAAUCGGCAACGAUGUGCCAGAUUAUGAAAUCGUCCAGAUUCAUUGGCCGAGGGUCGAAAAACGAUCCGCUGAUUAUGGCAGGAGAAUGCACUUGCAGGCUUUCGGAAAAAAUAUUGAAUUAUGGUUGACACCAGCGGACAGAGUUCUUUUUAGUUCGGAUACCCCAAUUUACACACUGAAGUCCGGACUCGCGGGUCCUUUAUUAACAAAAGACAGAUGGCUAAUGGACGAGGUUCAGAGAUAUGAAAACUUGGUAAAGUCUGCAGUUAUCAUAAUUAGUCAGAAAAAUGAAACUCCGAUAGUGAUUGGACACAUAGGAUCGGAAAAUGUGGUUAUUGCCUCAAUUCCCCAACGUCUCAUGGCGGAAGUCAACCCAUAUAAUAAUCUUCAGGAUUCUAAAGACAUUGAUCAUCGUCAGUAUAUUGCUUACCAUAGAACAACCACUGAGUCGGAUACGACCUUAUCUUUAUCAAUACCGGGCAAUGUAAAUCGAGGGCACCCAUCGGUAGCGGAAUUGCCAUACGAACUCGAUCUCACAGCGUGCAAAAGCGCGCAUACUGAGUGCAUCAAUCAGUGCGGAAUUUUGUCACCAACUAAUGAAGAAUCAUUGGAUCCAGUAUGUGACCGGUGCCAAUCGCAUGCACGUACUUACUUUCAUCGAUGUCCUAUAAGAGGUUCCACGGUGUACCCUCGAAUCUUAGUAGUGGUAGCUUAUGAUUUUUAUAAAAAGUUCAAUCAAGAUAGUCUGUAUUCACUCGCUUAUCUCCUGGCUUUCUGGAAUGGCGUUGAUUUGAAGUACCGAUCCUUCGAAAAUCCAAAGUUUAGACUGAAUAUCGCGGGUAUCGUCUUGACAGAGGAUCCCAUGGCCUUAGAAUGCAUUGCGAACAAUUCAAUCGGCGGAGAAAUUCGAAAUAUCCGGAAAGCAGCAGAGGAUUGUGGAAAGUUUUGGUAUGCCCAAAAGGACAGCAUCUCCUUCGAUAAUUAUGACGUAAUUAUGACGAUGACAUCCUACAAGCUGUGUAAAUUUAUGAAAGGUCGAGAAUGCAAUCAUCAAGUUGGGGGACUUGGAAUGUUGAAAGGAGCUUGCGCAAGAUCAGAUGAUGAUAAGCAGCUGUUCAAUAUGGCAAUAAUUCAGGAAAACGCGGAUUUUGUUGGGAUUUCGAAGGCUGCCCAUGUGCUUGGUCACUUAUUCGGUGCUGGCCACGGUGGUGAUCAAAUCGAGUGCUUCCUCAGAGCUAGUCGUUUAACGAAUGCUCACGCGAAUGACAAAUAUGGACAGUGGUCCGAUUGUAAUUUGAGGGCUAUUCAAGAUUUCCUUGACAAUAAUCCGACUUGUCUCAACAAUAAUGUGACCCAGCAAGAAGUGUUACCUGUUUAUCUCCCCGGAAGAUUCUUCGAUGUUCACCGGCAGUGCCAUCAACUAGUGAAAUGCAGGGCCUGUCAUGUGGACCAUACAAUCUGCAAGGAUUUGAGGUGCGUGAAUCCAGCCAACGGAUGGAAAUGUGAGUCAAUGCAGGUUGCCGCUGCUGAGGGUACAUCCUGCGGAAAAGGAAACAUUUGUUUGAGUGGACAAUGUGUCGAAGAACCAAUAUUCUCUCAAUUGACAAACUAAAUGCGACGAGAUUAUAUUUCAAACCACUUGUAUCCGUAAAUUCCUCAUUUUUCAUUCUAUAUCUCUCGACAAUUUAUAAACACGUCACACGUCACGUAUUAUUGAUUAUGAUAAUAUGUUCAUGCUUGAAUAAAUUCGUCAUGCUUGCAUGCAACUCUGGUAUUUGCUGUGCAUCCUGAGAACUGGAAGAUAGUGCUCGUGGAGAUAUUUGUCCUUGAUCAUCAUAAUUGUUAUAAAAGAUCAUUGUAUUAUUGCUGACAGUGGAAGCUCCUGUUGGUCGGGGUUGAGGACUGGAGCUCACACAAUGAUGGCGGUGAUUUAUGAUAGAGUAGAUCGACAGCUCUUUCGUCGGUUUUUCAAUUCUUGGACUAGCACUGGUUUGCUUCGAAAAACUAAUAUAUAAUAAGAUAAAGUGUAUGUGCCAUUUUUAGCUGGCCUAUGAGCUAAUUAACACCUGAAUAAACGCCAUGGGUUGGAUCCGAUAAGACUCUGUAUUUUUUAUGUCGAAUGUCAG